AUGUCGUCCAAUAAAGAAGAAGAAAGCGAGGUCUAUAACCUAAUAGACAGUUUUUUCCUCAAAUCCUCUUUAUUGAUUUGUUCAGUGGUUUCACAAAAACAAUCGCAUUGCCCUUCAUUUGAUGAACAUUGGUUUCAGGCUAAUGUUAAGGAUACUUACAAUUUACCAGAUAUAAUAAAUAAAUGGAUAUCGUUUGAUGGAACAAAAACAUUACCGCCUUUGGUAAUCGAUGUAUUUCUAGACUUGAGAGACCUGACUUCAUCAAACACAGUAAGGUUACAAGAUAAUGAUGAGAAUUUAUGGAACGUUUGUAAAGGAACUAAGAAAACAGAAAUUAUGCUAGAAAGAUGGCUCAUAGAGCUUGAUGAUGAUUCUACUACAUUUAAAACAUAUGAUUCAUCACAAACGACAGAUAUUAAUAUAUCGGAUCAACUUACUUUGUUAUUGAGAUAUUUGCAUACUUUAGUAAAAUUGUUGCCUAUGUAUGAGUUGGUAAAACAGGAACAGAACCAUUAUGAGCAAAAUGAUCCAACACGUGCCUACAAUAGUAAAUUAACACCCGUUAUAGGCGCAAGAAUUGUUGAUGGAUCUAAACCAAUUUUGUCAAAGGGUAGAAUAGGAUUGAGUAAACCUAUAUUAGGAAUAUAUGCAAAUAUUAUAAAUGAUAACAAUUUCCCAUCACACUUAGAACAAAAAAAAAUUACACCAGUGUGGACUAAAUUUGGGCUUUUGAGAGUGUCCGUCUCUUAUAGACGUGAUUGUAAAUUUGUGAUAGAAGAUACUGAAUCACAUAAUCUACAAAACCCAAUGUCUAUCCACAAUCAAAUUGAUGACAUUAAGAGAGCCAAACAAGUACCAGGCUCCAAUAUCCGAACGGGGUCUCUUUCUCCAAGAUCGAGGGAGUACUCAUUAAUGUCUUUUGAUCGGAACAAAAGCACCAGCAAUCAAAAUUCCCUUAACCAAAGAAAAUCCAUUUCAAUAAGUAGGCAAGUACAGCCCUUUAAAGUGGGAUCAGUGAAUAGUGUCGUGAUGAAUAACCAAAAUAUGAGCCAGAAUUCCAGCAGGAAUCCCUCAAAUUCAUCCUUUAUUAAUAGUGCACAAAUACGUAGGACUAGUAAUGGGUCAAACACAGGAUACAUUGGUCACUUAAAUACUCCAUCGAACCAAACAUUAAAUUUUGAUAGUACAAGUGUUGAUAGUGGGUCAAAAUAUAUGUCUUCUUUUGGUAACUUACGCCGUCAUUCGAGUAUCAACAAAAAUCAAGAGGCUGUAGCAAAUGAAAGAAAAUUACUUAAUUUAAAUAAACCAAGCGCAACAGCUAUGCAACCUAGUAUAUCCGUCCAAUCUGAAAUAUUACCAGAAGCAACGGAGGAUAUCUUGAAUUUUGUUAAGAUACUGGACGAGAAGCCGGAUAUCAAAGGUAAACAUCCCAGUCAGUCUAACAAUAGUGUUAAUACGAUAUCAAGUUCGCUAUUAAAAUUUCAAAACCUGCGACCAAGCAAUGAUUUAUUAAGUGAGGACGUAUCGAUGAGUGUUUCUCUGGACCAACCCCCUGGGGAACAGCCACAUCAACCUCUACCUCCACAUAUAGACCAUUUUGCUGCAUCAUAUUCUCCCCAUUUACAAACUGUACCAGGAGGAGACGGAGGUCGUCGUCGUAGGUCAAGCUCAAUAUCCUAUUCACAUUCGCCACUACCAUCGCCAUUUUCCCCAUCGACGCAGUAUCCAUCUAUCCCAUCAAAGCUUGUAGGUCAACAAGAUGAACAGGAAGUCGAUAUUGUUCCAAGCACAACAAGAGAUGUAUUAGAAACCCAAAUUAAUGUUAUUAAACCAGCCAGUUCUUCUUACCUUGACACUGGGGAGUACAUACCGCCUCAUACUAUCCCUAAUUUAAACUCGUCAAGUUUUAACUUAACUAGCCGUAAAAAUAGCAUAAAUGAAGAAGACGAGGAACAGGAUGAUGAGCUACUUAUUAAUACUAAGCCAACCAAUUAUGAUGAAAUAAAUGGAAGAAAUUUAAGAGGCUCAUCGUCCCCAAGGUCAUUUGAUAGUAUAUCAAGUUCAUUCAAUAGAAAUAGGCUUGCAUACAAACAACCAUAUCAGCAAUUUUCACAACCAGCUAUUGCGGAAGCCUCUGUCCAGGCUAAGUUACAUAAACCAGGUAUACAUUCCACCGAUAUCUUAGAAGACCAAGAUAGGUUAAUAAGAAGGAGAAGAGAUAGCGAGGAAGACAGUAGCAGGCAAAACGUAAUCCAAAGAAAUAACGGGAAUAGUGACUCAAAUAAUAAAUCCUUGGAAAAUAAUGCUAAUGAUGACGAUGGAAUGGUAUUUUUUAUGAGUGAUAUGAACCUAUCACAUGAAUGA